AUGGUCCGUUCCCGAGAGCACAGAGAUAUGGUCUGUCCGGGGGCUCGUUGGAUCGGAAUUCACCCCUCGGAGUUUUCAGCUCUCGGGAUGUCACCGAUUGCUCUUACACGAGCCGAUAUAUCGAGAAUCCGUUCCCUGGAGGGCCGUUCAUACUGCGACGAGAAGCUCUCAGAGGAACUGAAAAUCCUCAAAAAAGGAAAAGUGGAAAUCGAAGCCCUCGCUUCUCUAUCCUACAGAUUUCUAACGAUGGUUUACCUUCCACGUAAAAUCAACGCUAACGAAUAUCUUUAAGUCAGUAACGAAUAUCUCAUUGUCAGUAGCCUAUUUUUUUUUUAUAUGUUCUGUAACAAGUUCUUUUUAAUUCCAUAAUAAUAUUAAUAAAUUUUUCAAAAUCAUCAAAACCUUUCUCUCUUAAAUCCCCAAGAUAUAGCGAAAAAAUCCUGUC